AUGGAUAAGCAAAUCGGCAAUCAAGGUCAAGACCCAUUUCACGAUGAGAUCCCUUCGGAGAAUGAACUGGAGGAAAACUUUUUUCAAUUUGCAAAAGUUGAAGAUCCUAAAUCGAACAAUUCAAGGAAUAAACAACAAGAGUUAGUAACUAAUUUUGAUUCAAUUUACCAACCACCACAGCCAAGCUAUCAACCAUAUGGGGAAGCUACAUUACAACCUAUAAAUCAAUCCAUUUCAAAUGAAUCUUCAAUAGGGAAUGGAUAUAUUGAAUCUAAUCUUAAAACUAAUAAUAGUGCCAAAUAUAGGAAAGGAUCCAAGACCUUUUUACUUAUAUCCAUUGUUAGUGCAAUUUUAGUUCUUUUGUUUGAAGUGUACAUGUACGCUGUUAUUAAUAUUCAUAAAAAAGAUAUCAAUAGUACGGAAAGAUAUACUGAAAUGUCUAUAUACCUUUCCUUAUUCAUCUUUGCAUCAUUAUAUCAAGUUGCCCUCACAAUUCUAGGACUUCGAGAGAAAAAUAUGUUAUUAUUAACUCUGUUGUGUAUUUUCUAUUGUUGUAUGUUAGUAUAUACUGGUAUUCAAUUUCAAGAAGUGCACAAUAAUAUAACAGAAAUCUUGGAAGGGAAAUGGAAAGUUGCCACUGCUGCCACUAAUAUUGCAACCAUUGCAGUCUUGGGGUUCACUUUGAUUUCACAAGCUUGGUUAAUUUUCUUUGUGUUGCGUAAAGAUGUAUCAUGGUUUCAAUAUAAGAAAAUUGGAGGAGAUAUCAAAAUCAGAAGAAUGUAUAACAUAUUCCAAGUUCAUCGUUCAUUAUUGAUCUUUGAUUUCUUUUUCUUUAUUGGGUUUACGGUUCAAUUCUUGGUGAUUAUGGUUGCAGAUAAGCAUUCAGUAGAAUUUAUAUUGACUGUUUGUGUCCUUCCAAUUACAUUAAUUGUACUUUUCUUGAGUGAUUUUGCAACUACAAGGGAACUUUUAUGGGUUAGUUUAACUAGCAUUGCAUUAUUUUCAGGUGGAUGUGCAUACGUUUUAUUCAAAAUGAUCAGACUUUAUACAAAGUAUACUUCAGCAUACAAUGAAGGGUUGGUUCCUGGAGAAUAUUUCCCGGGUCGGAAAUCAUUAAUCACUUUUGGUGCAAUUACUCUUGCACUUUUAAUCUGUACGAUUGUUAUUGAAGCUAUAAUGGUCUGUAAUUACAAUAAGGGCCUUCUUCCAGUAGUAAGCAAAUCAUGGUCUUAUUUCCCUGGAUUUAACUCCAAGGAAGUUUAUAGAACUCCACUUGAAAUGGAUGAAACAAAUAUGGUUUAUGUUGAUAGAUCAAAAGAUGGUAGUAGAAGAAGUGGACUAGGAAAUCAAAAAGAUGAUGAAACUAGUUUGAUAGAUUAA